CAAACACACUGAAGCUCGUCCACCCACGCCGCCAGCCCGCGCAGCUCCCAAACCGAAGCCAACACUGCCGCAGUAGCCCGCGACUCCUGAAAUCUCUCUUCGAAGCCGCCAGCUCACGUGCUGCCCGCCAUGGCCGACUCCCAACUCUUCGAAGAAACCUUCACCAUCGAGACGGUCGACAGCCAGAAGUACGACCGCGUCUCGCGCGUCAUCGGAGAGUCGACUGACGGCCAGACGACCUUCUGGCUCGACAUCAACCAUGAACUCUUUCCCUUGAUCGAAAAAGACAGCGUGCAGAUGGUUCUGGCAAGCACCCUCAACCUCGACGGGACAAAGGACGAGAAGGGCUGGCGAGAGCUGUCGCGCAUGGAUAGUACCCUCGCUGAUAUGUACGACUACGUGUGUCACGGCAAGGUAUACCGAUUUGAGGAAGGCUCCGGCGAGAACAUCAAAGUGUAUAUCUCGUUCGGUGGGCUGCUGCUAUACAUCGACGGUCCGUACAAGAAACUCACACCGCUACGAAUCGACUACGUCUACAUGCUUCUGAAGAAAUGAGAGAACUGGCUACGGGAAAGAGGUGAUCUGCGGAUGCCGUACAAAGGAUAUGAACAACAACCGGCUGAGGGUAUUGGACACGAGGAGUCUCAGCUGCUAUCUAGACAUAGAAUAGUCCAUGGCUCGAACCAGGCCUGCUUGGAAGAGAGGCACUUUGCAUGGGUGGCGUUCUUGGAGGACUCUUCUAUUUGGAGGCUCGCAACCUCUGGUCUCCGAUCUAGCGCAGGCGUCCGGAUACCUACAAGGCUAGGCGGCUCAUAGAGUUGGGAACUCCAACCUCCGAUGAAGCCUCGAGACAAUCUCGAUAUAGUCCUUCUCACUCUCGUAUGUCACGAUACCGUGCCGAAUGAAGAAAUCCAGUGUUACAGCCGCACAAUUCGGCUUGAA